CCGUCCCGGGGCACGCAGGGUGCAUAGGCGGGGCUGGCCGUGCCGGCCGUGCCGCGGGUGGUGUGGACGUGGAGGCGGGCCCCGCUGCCACGUUGGUUUGUUUGUGUGUUUUCUUAAGUUAGGGGAGUAACGUGGUGGCCUGUUUUGGUGCUGAGUGUGGUACUGGAUCUCUGGAGGAAGCGCGUACCUAGUGUGAUGGUGUUAAGCCCAAGUCCUCUGGCUUCUUGAAGAGUACGUAUUUUCUCAAGUGAACAACUGAGCUGAAGUGGUACUAUCCCAAUCCUCAGGUCACAUUAAGCUGAUAGGAUAAGAGGAACUUUGGAUUCUGCGAGACGCUGAAAGUGAAGUGGAAUAAGCAGAUAAUUGUCAAACCUUUAUUUUGAAUUUCUUCCAAGAAGGGAAACUUGUAGAAAAUGCCGCCCGGGAAAGUUUUACAACCUGUACUGAAAAUGAAGGUGGAUGAACUCUUUCUGUGCUGGCUGAGUCAGCCUACAACUCAGCUGAUGCUGAAGGACUGCUUGAGAAGAAUCAAGAAUGAGGAGAAAACUGAGAUUGGCAAUGGGGAUGCAGGAAACGGUGAAAAUGAGAGGUUCACAGCUAAGAAUUCCAAUUCAAAGCAAAGCAUAUUAGGGGAUAUGAGGCUGUCUUUGACGUCUUUCACUCCUCCUCAGCUUUCUGCUACUCUUCCGUUAGCAACUUCAACCAGCCUAAGGAAUGCGUCUAAUGUUAAAGGAACACGUAGAUCUUCAGGAGCCAGAGAAGUUCAGACAAAGAAGGAAGAAACUUUGCCACCAUCGCUUAGUCAAACCAUUCCAACUUUCUAUUUUCCUCGAGGAUGUCCUAAGGAAAAAGUAAAUAUAGAUGCUGUGAUUGCCAAAAUUGAGAGAACUUUCUCACAGUUUCCAAAUGAGAGGGCAACUUUAGAUGACAUGGGGAAAGUUGCAAAGGCUUGUGAUUGCCCACUCUACUGGAAAGGUCCUUUGUUUUACUGUGCUGGAGGUGAACGAACAGGAUAUGUGUCAGUUCAUAAAUUUGUUGCAAUGUGGCGGAAAAUACUUCAGACCUGCUAUGAUGAUGCUGCAAAGUUUGUUCAUCUUCUAAUGAACCCUGGAUGCAACUACUUAGUACAAGAAGACUUCAUUCCUUUUUUACAAGAUGUGGUAAAUAGCCAUCCCGGCCUGUCAUUUUUAAAAGAAGCAUCUGAGUUUCAUUCUCGGUACAUUACCACAGUUAUACAGAGAAUAUUUUAUACAGUAAAUAGGUCCUGGUCUGGGAAAAUUACUUGUAACGAGCUCAGGAAAAGCAAUUUUUUGCAGAAUGUGGCAUUAUUGGAAGAGGAAGCUGAUAUUAACCAGCUGACAGAGUACUUCUCAUAUGAACAUUUCUAUGUUAUCUAUUGCAAAUUUUGGGAGCUGGAUACAGACCAUGACCUCUAUAUUGAUCGGAAGGAUUUAGCUCGACAUAACGAUCAUGCAAUAUCAAGUAGAAUGAUAGAGAGGAUCUUCUCAGGAGCAGUAACAAGAGGUAGAAAAGCACAAAAAGAUGGAAAAAUUAGCUAUGCUGAUUUUGUCUGGUUUUUGAUAUCUGAAGAAGACAAGAAGACACCAACGAGCAUUGAAUACUGGUUUCGCUGCAUGGAUCUUGAUGGAGAUGGUGCUUUGUCUAUGUAUGAAUUGGAGUAUUUUUAUGAAGAACAGUGCCAAAAAUUAGAUAACAUGGCCAUAGAACCCUUGCCAUUUGAAGAUUGUUUGUGCCAGAUGCUGGAUCUCGUGAAGCCACAACAUGAAGGAAAAAUUACUCUGCAUGAUUUAAAGAGAUGUAAGUUGACAAAUGUGUUUUUUGAUACCUUUUUCAACAUUGAAAAAUACCUCGACCAUGAACAGAAGGAUCAAUUUUCUAUUUUGCGGGAUAGUGAAGGUGAAAGUCCAGAGGUCUCUGACUGGGAGAAGUAUGCUGCUGAAGAGUAUGACAUCCUGGUAGCAGAAGAGGCAGCAAGUGACCAGUGGAAUGACGGGUACGAAGCUGAACUGAAUCCUGUAGACCAUCAGAAGGCCAAUGUCCUGAAGUAUCAAAUGGAAAAAAGACCAUUUUUUGAAAUGCCUUCCCAUCUGGCUGAUGUAGACUUGGACGAAUACGACUAUGAAGAGGACUUUGAGUAGUGGUUGCAGUCACCACUUGCAGAAGAGAAGGGACAUUGUGCAGCAGGUCUGCUACACACCUAUAUGUUUCAGUGGGUUUUGGUUCCAGGAACUCAGCUUAGUUUUGUGCUAAAAAUAUUUAAUCACCAGACUACCUUUUACAUAAAAGAAAUGCAUUUGUAUGGAAUGACAAAACUUUUUGUAUUUAUUCAAUAGUCUAUGGUUUGUAAAAUAGAUUCAAAUAUUUAUUUACAGAUGUUGCGUAAUUCCUUCUUGGAAGAAUAACACUAUUUGACUUAAGAGAAGAGUAAAUCUACUGUUUUUAAAAGAACUAUGUAAUUCUAAGUUGACGUGUGGUGCACUGACCAUCUCCAUCCCUUAUGUAAAUAGGUAUCCCUGUUCUGCUGUGGGAGGUGAGGGGACGAUGUAUACCUGGCUGGCAGUGCGUCUGUGCUCAGGAACAGCUUCUGGGGGUUUUAUGCCUUGGCAAGGAAGGGACGUUACUGUGAGCGCAGGAUUUGUCUCUCUCUUACAGACAGUUUCAUUGGACAAGCUGAGCGGUUUGGUGCAUAAGGAAAACUAAUGCCAGAAACAAGCUGCUUCUCUUCUCCGCGUAGUCCUUAUUUGCCCCAACUUUAACUUUGCUUGGCCUUCUAAACUCCAGUGUUUUCAUUGACGUUCAUUAUAAGGAGACGAUUUAAUGGUGAAGUCUGUUUGUGUUCAUACUUGAUCCAGAAUGAGUGUGUUGAAUUCUUGUAGAAGGAACCAAUUUUUUAAAAAAUCCUUUGUAUAAAUGUUACUUGAUCAGUGAUGUGCACUAAUUUGUUGUGGGCAUUCAGUGCUUUCGUCUGUCCCUCCCCUUCAGUUGUUUGCUAUUGACACAUUCCAAGGAUAUUCAUUCAGUGUCACAGCAGCUUGAAAUCGUUGCCUCACUCUUACUGUUAAACAGGUUUUGUUGGGAAAAAAAGUGGACAAAAAGAUGUAAGUUAUUUUUUGGUUGCAGUGUAGAUCUGUUUAAAAUGUUUUAAAAUCAUGUUUGUAUUUGCAAAUAAAGAUUUUCAUACGUGUAAUGUAA